CUAUUUUAAAAAAAAUGUUGAAGCACCUAAUAAUAUAAACAAGCAAUCAAAUAUUAAUUAUGAGUGGUUCAGAAAUAGCCAGUCUUCGACAAGAAGCCGAAAAUUUAAAGAAUCAAAUCAGAGAUGCACGCAAAGUUGCUCAAGAUACAAACUUUUUAUCGGUUGCUCAAAAUGUAGAUCCAAUAUGCAGAAAACAAAUGCGAACUAGAAAAACUCUGCGUGGUCAUCUUGCAAAAAUCUAUGCAAUGCAUUGGGCAUGUGAUUCAAGGAGUUUAGUAAGUGCUUCACAAGAUGGCAAGCUUAUUGUUUGGGACUCAUAUACAACAAAUAAGGUACAUGCUAUUCCACUUCGAUCCAGUUGGGUUAUGACAUGUGCAUAUGCUCAGUCUGAAAAUUAUGUUGCUUGUGGUGGCCUUGACAAUAUAUGUACAAUACAUAAUUUAAAAACAAGAGAAGGAAAUGUCAGAGUAAGUCAAGAGCUACAUGGUCACACAGGUUAUUUAUCUUGUUGUAGAUUUUUAGAUGAUACUCAAAUUUUAACAAGUUCUGGAGAUACAACUUGUUGUUUGUGGGACAUUGAAACUGGACAACAACUAACAUCAUUUAUUGGUCAUACUAGCGAUGUUAUGAGCCUAUCUCUUUGCAAUGAUGGUGGCCGAACAUUUGUAUCAGGAGCAUGUGAUGCAACUGCAAAGAUAUGGGAUAUACGUGAUGGAAUGUGUCGUCAAACAUUUACUGGUCAUGAAUCUGAUAUAAAUGCAGUUUGUUAUUUUCCAAAUGGGUUUGCUUUUGGAACUGGUUCUGAUGACACUACAUGCAGACUUUUUGAUAUACGAUCAGAUCAGGAAUUAUUGUGCUACUCACAAGAUAAUAUUAAUUGUGGAAUUACUUCUGUGGCUUUUUCUAAAAGUGGACGCCUGUUAUUUGCUGGCUAUGAUGAUUUUACCUGUAAGGUUUGGGAUACUUUGAAAGGCGAACUUACUGGUGUUUUAACAGGUCAUGAUAAUCGUGUAAGUUGUUUAGGAGUGACUGAUGAUGGAAUGGCUUUAGCCACUGGUAGCUGGGAUGGCUUUUUGCGUAUUUGGAAUUAAAACAAUUUUCCAAUUCUUUUACUAUCUUUAUGUACAUAAACUCUUUACGAUGUAAAUAUAUUAUAUACGAA